AUGCGUCUUCCACGAGAACUACACGGCAACCCGCAAUCCGCCGAUCCACCCUUCGAUUUAUCGAUUUUUGACAUUGAAUCCGGCCAGAAAGUUGCAAAAUAUGAGCCAGGCAAAAUCUAUCGUGUGAAAUUGGAGGCCUAUGUGCAUUUUCGCGGGUUGAUGUUGCAGACGAGGUUGUGUACUUCUCGAGGAGAAAUCAUUGGAACUCUUCGUGGCGGCAAAUUCAUUGAGGAUGAACAAUGGGAAGCGCAUGGUGAGUUUGAGUAGUCUGGAAACUAGGAUACGUUGAACAUACGGCUUUUUUGAAUUUUCGGAGAAGCAAUACGUAAAUUAUUUACCUAGAAGUAAAAAUCCUUCAAAAACAUGAUUUUUGAUCAAUUUUUGCAGGUUCAUUGAUUUUUCUGUAUACAAAUCCAUGAUUUGAGUCAAUUCCAGCUGGUGUAGUUCUUGAGGAGAAUGCUGGAAAAAGCAGAAAAUUGAACCUAGGGUUUUAUGAAUUUUCGAAAAACCUAUCCGUAAAAAAAAUUACCUGGAGCGGGAAAAAAUCAUGGGAAACUGCUAUUUUCAAGUUUUGAGACGAUUAGAAUUUAGAAGACCAGCCGAAACACAUUGAAAACCCCUGAAAACAUGUUUUUCUCUGAAAAAAAAACAAAAAUAAAAUCUCCCAAAAACCAUGCACCGAUUGCAAAAAGCCGUGCGAUGGGUUGCAAACACGGGCGGGAAUUCAAACACAUCAGAUUCACUGUAUUUUUUUUUAUCACAGGGGUUUUUUCACUACCGAGAAUUAAUCACGUACAAAACAUUUUAUCUGACGACAAAAAACCUCCGCAAACAGCACGCUACGUGGCCGACAAAAAAAACAAUAGCGUGUGGCCGGCCUCGCGAGAUGUCGGUCGCUGCAAACACACAUAUAGCCCGACUUUUUUCUUUUUAUUGUGUGUCUUUUGAGCCAAAGGGUUUUCAAUUUUCUUUUUGAAAAUCUGAAAACCUAAGCUCCGCCCACAUGUCUGUGCGGAAAAAGAUGGGCGGAGCCUAUUUGCUCGAUUACAAUUUUGCAUUGACUCGGUAGUGAAAAAACCCCUGUGUUUUUGCAAUUCGAGGGAGACGCAGACUUUAACGUGUGCAGACAAAUCUCUCGCCGAAAAAGGGAGAGAAAUAGUGUGUGGCAGACACACAUCGUGUCGAGACCAGCGAGUGUCUGCGUCUCCUCGAAAUUGCAUUUUUCUAUUAGAAAAAACACAGUGGAUUAAUCGAUAUUUUUUUUCAUUUUUUUGUCACAGAAAAACAUGAAAAUCUUGAGAAUGAAAAAUAAAAUAUUUUAUUAUUUUCAAGCGUGACAUUUCCUGAUGCCAACUCAGCUUCCUCAUUUUCCUCAAAAAAAUCAAUCAUCAGUAAAUAUUUUUAUUUCAAGGUCUUCAAUUCCACCAAUGCGGUCGUCUUCACACCAACGAUUCUCUCACCCACACAAUUGAUGACAAAAAAUUCCUGGCCGAAACAAAAUGGACCACCGCGAGAGAUAUUGGCAAUGUACAAUUUGUGUGAGUACUUUUUAUUGACAUUUUUGAGAGAUAGAAACAUGUGGUGAGAUGGCCGAGCGGUCUAAGGCGCUGGUUUAAGGCACCAGUCCCUUCGGGGGCGUGGGUUCGAAUCCCACUCUCAUCAGCUAUUUUUAUCUUUUUUUUUUAUUUGGAAAAAAAAUUUCAGCGCCACAAUCGCCACUGAAAAUCAAUUAUAUUGGGAGAAAUGGCGACCAAGAAGUUCUUUUCUACUGGGACCAAAUGAAAAUGGCGAUUUAUUGAAAGAAGAAUUAUUUUUAUACAAUAAUCAAAAUAAUGUCGAAAAUAAUAUGGAAACCGAAGUGAAAGCUUCCGAAUAUCCACUUUUCGAGGAGCAACAAGAAUUUCUGAAAGAGAAGAAUUUGACGAUUUUUGAGGUGGAUAAAAAGGUUUUUGGAAUUUCUGAUGGCGAACAGGAAGGAAGUGGAAUUUUGGCGGAAGAAGAGGUAGGGUUUCUGGCUUUGUAGAAUCCUGUGAAAUUUGUAAAAAAUUUCAGCCAAAAUCAUCGAUUUUCACAUCGAAAUUCACUGAGGAUUCUUCACAGGUUACGGCUUUUAUGGUUGGAAGGAUUUUCAAAAAAUUCGCUCCGAUAAAUGAUACGAUUUUGAGAGAAGAUGAUUUGAGAUUUUUGAAUAAUCAUAAUGUUCAACAUGAUUUUGUGGAUUUGGAGGAGGAAAAGGAAAAUGGAAGUGGAAAUGAGAAUGAAGAAGAAGAAGAAGUGAAGAAAUUGUUGAAAGAGGAAAUUGGUAGGAAUUUUAUUAGACAUAAUAUUUACUGUCAGGAAUAGAUAAAACAAAGUUUGGAGCUCCAAAAUUUAAAUAUUUUUGAAACAGUGGAUUAUUUUACAAGAAUUUGGAAAUAUUUUUUUGGCAACUGGGAAACGUUCUGGAAUUGAAAAAAAGAUGGGCUGAAAAUUUUCGGAGGUUUUUUGAAACGUACAUUUUUUUGGACCGAAAAAUACAGAAAUUCAAUUUUUUCUGAAACAGCAAAUUUUACAUGGACAUUUUUGACGAAAAUUUUUGAGCUUUAAAUUUUUCUUCAGAACUAAUAAUGUUCACAUCGAAAAGUUUAGCUUCACAUUAAUUUCUUGAAAAAAUUUUGAAACAGUAUUAUUUUUCCAGACCCCGUCUGCAUUUCCAACUACUGUCAAAACAAUUCCACAUGUAUACCAAAUUCUUCCCCAAAUUCUGCUCAAAACUACACUUGCCAAUGUCAAAAUGAUUAUCAUGGAGAAUUUUGUGAUCGAAAAUGUCCUGAAGAUUUUUGUAAGAAAGAAGGAAUUUGUUAUUUGAAACCGAAUACGGCGAAUUUUGCGUGUAAAUGUGUGCCUGGAACAACUGGAAAAAGAUGUCAGAUUGGUGAGAACGAUUCCAAUAAAUUAAAAUUUCAAUUAUGAAAAUUUUGAAACAGUAACUUUUUCUACAAAAAAAUGAUGUUUUUCUCUGAAGGUCAAGCGUUAAGAAUUUCAAAAAUAAAUUGAAAAAUCCUGAAGCAUUAUUUUUGCUCUGAAAAUUCACAUGGCAAAAAGUUUUUAAUUCAUUCUUCCUAAUACGAGACUGAGAAUGCAGUAAAAACAUUCAAAUUUCUGUUGUGAAAACUUUGAAACAGUAACUUUUCCUAUCAAAAAUUUUACUUUUUGCAGAAAUCAAUGAAUGUGACUGGAAAAAGUGUCAAAAUGACGCGAAAUGCACAGAUAUCCGAAAUGGAUAUAUUUGCGAAUGCGCCGAUGGUUUUAUGGGAAAAAAUUGUGAAAGAAAAUGUUCGGAUAUUUAUGGAUCAUGUAAAAUAUGGAGAAGAGAGGGACAAUGCGAAUUUAUGAGAGAGCAGACCGAUUUUUUCGAUGUGAAUUGUGCUGAAUCUUGUGGAAUUUGUAGACAGAAAGGGGAUUUGAAUUCGAAUUUGACUGAAGGUAGGAGGAUUUUUGAGGGUUGGAAGUUUCGAGACCUUAUCAAAAAUCUUUAAUGUAAAAGUUUCAUGAGAAUUUUUUGAAACAGUGGAUUUUUUUUUUGCAAAAAAAUAGAACUUGUUUUUUUUCUCUGCAGAGAGGGUUACUAAUCAAUUUUUUGUCAAAUAUUUUUAUAAGAAUUUUUGAAACAGUGAUUUUUCCUAGGAAAUUCAAAUAAAGACGAACUAAAAUUGUUGAGAGCAGAUUUUGUUUGAAUAAUUUUUGAAACAGUGGUUUUUGGGAGAAAGGAAAAAUAUUCUAGAACCAAUUGUAAGAAGAAAAUAAUUUUUAUUCCAAAAAAUUUCUACAUGUUAAUUUUUUCAUGUCUAAAAUCUCAAUUAUUCUUCAGUCGAACCUCUCAGUCCAUAUUCCCGCAAUUAUAUUCCACUUCAACCAAUUCUUUAUCCUUUUCAUUGGCUUUUGGGUGAAUGGAAAACAUCAAUAAAAGGAUAUAAUAAUCAUACAACUGAUUAUCCAAUUGAUCUAAUUAAUACAAUUAAUUAUAAUGAGACACUAACAAUAUCAGUUAUUCCAUCGCUAAUGUUUGGAACAUCAUAUUUGAAUUAUUCGUCGGAAAUUGUUAGUGAAGAUUUGGAAAAUUCACAUAUUUCUAAUGGAUUUAUCACAAUUCAACAGUAUAAACAAGAAAAUUUGGAAGAAAAUAAGGAAAAAGGAGCAAUGACUACUGUAUCAAAUACUGGAUUGAUUAUGAUUGAAGAAGGUGAAAUUAUUGAUCGAAAAGAUGAAAAAAUGUUUGUUCUAACACCAACUUAUGUUUAUUAUCAUAAAGAGGAAAAUUUGGCGAAGAAACCGGAAAAGGUAAGUUAUUCAGUUUUGUAAAAAACUACCUCUGAGAAAAAUAUUGUUUUCAAAUUUUCUGAAAUUAGAGGCAAAAACCCUAGUAACAUUUAAAAAAAAUCCAGAAUUUCAUACGUUUCAGAAAUGUUUUUUGAGAAAUUUCAAAUUGAAAAUUGUUGAUUCUUGGUAAAUGUUUUCAAUUAUUCUUGUUUUUUGGAAUUUCAAAAGCAAUAAGCGUAUUCCAAAAAUUAACUGUUUCAAAAAAUUAUAUUUUAAAAAUUUACUGUUCGCAGUAUAAACAUCAAAAAAUAUUUUUUGCAGAUGAAACGUUGGUUUACAAUUCGAAAUAAUCGACUUCUUCAAUACAUGGUUCGAGAAUUCAAAGGUCGAACUCAUAAAUUCACAAAAAUUUAUGAGAAAACAAAAGAUUUCGAAUUUUUGUGA